AACAUGGCAACGCAGUUUGUCGUCACCACUGCAAAUUUGCUAAAGCGGGAAAUGAAAGUUUGGUGAAACGUCGACGUUAAAACUCUGUAACGGGGAUUAACCAAACAGUUACAAAUGUUAAUGGUCGGUAACACUCUUCAUUAAAUGAUUAAAUAAAUGCAGCCGUUGAAGCACUUUUACGUCAAUCGGCGAACGGAUGUAACUUAAGCAAGGAAGCUAACCAACAAACGGGGUCACUUGAGGACGGUGACUGGGGUAUGUCGUCUCACAACAGAGUGCAAAUAAAUGCUUUUUUGUUAUUUAAAAGAGAACAACAUAAUGAGGCCCAAACCCACACAUAGGAAAACUGGACCUAAUUGGAAAGGAAAAGCCAGCAAAAAUGGCGAGACGUCACUAAAGAGCCAUAUGGCCCAUCUUAAACCUUUGGCUGGGAAAGUGUUUUACCUCGACCUGCCAUCCAACAAGAUAGCAGAGUCAUUGGAGAGAGAUAUUCAGCACUUCGGAGGGAGUGUUGAGAAGUUCUUCAGCAAAGAAAUCAAGUAUCUUAUAACCAACAAGAGGGAGGCUAAAUACAUACAAUGCCUCAAGCAAGACUCUCCGGUCCCUAGCCCGGAAUCUUCACACAGUUCACCUUUCCCUAGCAGGUCUCCGGGUCAAACAGACGCAGUUGUCACAUGCCGUGGAAAGUCUUUAGCGGAGAGGGCAGUGAAAGAAAAGGAAAGAGUGCAAAUACACAAGAUCCUGUCGAAUGCUCUGGAGUGGGGUGUGAAAAUCCUCUACAUUAAUGAUGUGAUUGCGUAUGUUGAGAAGAAAAAAAAGACCCUAGCAAGCCAGUGCCCUGUAGCCACAACAAAUGUCAAAGCUGAGCCAACAGCAAAGCACACCUAUCGGAAACACAAAGGAGGGCGCAUCCACAAACCUUUCAUCAAGGUUGAAGAUUCCAGCAGACAUUACUGUCCAUUAUACCUCACCAUGCCAAACAUGGCCGAGUUAAACCUGAAGACGGUUCCUCCUCGUAGUCCCUUCUUUUUUAACAAUGAAGACCCUGCACGGGACGAACAGCAAGGAAAAAGAAGUGUCAAAGCCUCGACCUGUGAAGACCAAGCUGCUGGGCGGAAGAAGAACAAGGACAAGAAACGAGGCGGCUACUGCGAGUGCUGCACUGCCAGAUAUGAAAACCUGACAACACACCUGCAGAGUGAACGUCACAAGGCUUUCUCCAAGAGCGAUGCGUAUCAAGUGGUGGAUAGACUGCUUUCAACUUUACACACCAGCUUCACUUGCAUCAGCACUCUUAUUAAAAGACCAAAGCACAUUGUUUCUACUGCUGUGGUUGCCCCAGGACCAUUUGGAAGAAGUGAGUUCAGCAGCAAGCGAGAUCAUGAUGCCACUAGGAUUAUUAAAGAGGAGCUGCUUGCUCCUGUUGACAGCCCAGAGGAGCCUUUUCCACAACACGCUUUAAAAAUCUCUCCAGCCCCUCAGUCGGCUCCUCGGAUCCACUGCAAUGGCAGGAAGUGGGUUACUGCCUCACGCAGGUCAAAACUCCAGUCUAUGUGCAGACAGAAACUCUUGACUUCCUGCCCUCAAAAAUCUGCACAAAAUGCAGAAACUCCGCCCUCUAGUGGUGAGCGUCUGACCCACAGUGCCCUGUUAUUUCCUCGGGUCAGCCUUGAUGUGCAGGUAUCUCACACAGACACGCAGAGCCUGACACCACCUGCCCAUCAAGAGCCACGCAGUGUGUCACACUUAGGAAGCCCCGAUGUUAUCACAAAUCAACCAGCUGAGGCUGACUGCAACAUGGAGUCACCCGGGAAAGCGAACAGAAGCGUCUCAGAGCGAGAUCCUUCUUCACAGACCCGCACUUCUCCCGUCCGGAAAGUAAAAAGGAAGGUCAAAGCUUAUAAACGCAAAAGACGGAAACUAAGCCCAAAGGCUACAUGUGAAGAGCAUGUAGUGCAGAGUGACCCUUGUGAGGAUCCUCUACUGACGCUGUGGCAACUUUUUUACUCAAGUGCUGACUCACACGUGGAAUUCCUGGGAUUUGAUGACAAGAUGGGAAUUAUGGAUUGAAAUGUAUUGGCUCUUCAAUACAACAUCCAUGCAGUUUCUAGCCCCUUGUACACUGCAAGUAAAAGGUGGCUUGUUUUCCCUGCUGGCUCUUUUGUAUAAACAGCACCAACAUGGAAUGGGUGUUAGUGCCAUAAGUUUCUUUCACACACAAAUUUGGCAAAAUAGUGCAGCAACAGUAGUCAUUUAUCCAUAGGUGCCUUUUAUACAGAACACUGAGGCAAGAUUUUUUCUAUAGCUGUGUGUGCUUUCUCACAGCAAGCACAUAAUUAGAUGUGUGGUGACCUAUAGUACACUAUACUGUACUGUGUCACUCAGCUCGGUCCUGGCAGCUGUGUGUGCAAUACCCUUACACACAGACAGUGUCCUGUCCCUGCUACCAAAAAAUUGCCAGGGUGAUUCCCCUAACCCAAUCCUGUGUCACUGGCGUUUACACAGAAGAGCCACACACACGCCUUCUGCAGACUGUGUGAAAGGGGCUAGAUGAGGUGCUGACUGUGGCCUUCGCUAAAGGAAUGAAAGUAAGCCAAGAUGGGGGUGCAAAGUAUCUUAUAUGCGACUCAUCUGAUUGCAGUAUGCCGUGUCACUGUGUGAAAACACUCACGGCAGCACCCCACUUCUCUGGGUUCUGUACUGUAUAGAAAGCGCAGGCGAAUAAAUGCCUUGUCUUUUGCAGGAUGCCUGUGUAAUACUUUCUUCAAAGGUUGAAAAUGGUCACGCUAACUUUGUCUCUUUGUUGGUGCCUUUUAUGCACAACAGGUGAAAACAUGCCAGGUUUUCUGUUGUGACUCUAAUGUUGCAAUUAUUCAGAAUGCAAGAUGAUGGCGAGACUUUACAAAAAUUAAUCUUUCCUGUGACGGAUGCAGUCAGCAGUGUGACAUUAAAAAUGUUUUGCACAUUUCUGUAACAGUAACUGAUAGUAGUAUGAAUAUGGUAUGUAUUCAUCAAAAUGGUUUCAAAUUAAAAUCUCCUGAAAGUAUGAAAUAUGAAAAAUAAAAAGGUAAAUAU